GGUGCGCAGUGAUAAUGGAUCGAAGGACGCCUUACUCUCUGAGCGUGCUGCAGCCACAAGCAGAUGGGCCAGACGAAGCCAGAAGCAACAUUCAAGCGCAGCUGCGAGAAUUUAUCCUUGCUUUCCAGAUCGAUAAUACUUUUGUCUACCGAGAUCAAAUCCGACAAAAUGUCCUUGUCAACAGAUAUUUAUGUGAUGUCGACGUCGCACAUUUAAUCGCGUAUAACGAAGAGCUUGCCCAUAGACUCACAACUAACCCACAAGAUACAAUUCCUCUAUUCGAAGCCGCCCUAAAACAAUGUACACAGAAAAUCGUUUAUCCAUCUCAAAGAGAUAUCGAACUACCAGAGCAUCAGCUCCUCCUUCACUCAAGCGUAUCUCUAAUUUCCAUACGAGACCUCAAUGCUUCAAACGUAUCAAGCCUGGUUCGCAUACCGGGCAUCGUUAUUGGAGCAUCCACUAUUUCAUCCAAAGCUACCGUGGUCCAUAUCCAAUGCCGGCACUGCCAGGAGCCAGAUAACAUCGUCGUAGAAGGAGGAUUCUCAGGCCUUACUUUGCCACGAACAUGUAAACGAGUGAGGCAGCCGAACGAAGACAUGUGUCCUAUAGACCCUUACUUUAUUGUACACGAAAAGUGUCAGUUUGUCGACCAACAGAUCAUUAAGCUCCAAGAAGCCCCUGACCAGGUCCCGGUGGGAGAGCUACCACGACAUAUCUUAAUUUCCGCUGAUAGAUACCUUGCCAAUCGGGUCGUUCCAGGUACGCGAUGUACGGUUAUGGGAGUUUUCUCCAUUUACCAGGCCAAGGGAGGCAAAAGAUCCAACAACUCGGCGCCAGCUAUACGAAAUCCAUAUCUCCGAGCAGUCGGGAUCAUGAGUGACGUUGAUCAGACGGCCAAGGGAACCGGUGUAUUUACUGAAGAGGAGGAGCAAGAAUUUCUUGAGAUGAGUAGGCGGCCUGACCUAUACGAAGUGUUUACUGAUUGCAUCGCGCCGUCGAUUUACGGUAACCGUGACAUAAAGAAGGCUAUUGCAUGCCUACUUAUGGGUGGUUCGAAAAAGAUACUGCCUGACGGCAUGAAGCUACGUGGUGAUAUAAAUGUUCUCCUUCUCGGUGACCCAGGUACUGCGAAAUCACAACUCCUAAAGUUCGUCGAGAGAGUAUCGCCAAUUGCCAUCUACACGUCCGGCAAAGGAUCCUCUGCAGCCGGUCUUACUGCCUCGGUACAGCGUGACGCAACCACUCGCGAGUUCUACCUAGAAGGGGGCGCAAUGGUUCUCGCAGAUGGCGGCGUUGUCUGCAUUGAUGAAUUCGACAAAAUGAGGGACGAGGAUCGAGUUGCGAUCCACGAAGCGAUGGAACAGCAAACGAUAUCCAUUGCCAAGGCAGGAAUCACCACCAUAUUGAAUGCUAGGACAUCCGUCCUUGCUGCAGCUAACCCCGUGUUUGGGCGAUAUGACGACAUGAAAACGGCUGGGGAGAACAUUGACUUCCAGACAACAAUCCUCUCUCGAUUUGACAUGAUUUUCAUCGUGCGUGAUGCUCACGAGAGAGGGCGAGACCAGAAUAUGGCCAAACACAUCAUAAGCCUCCACCAAGGCGGACGAGGCAUCGAGGAGCAGACCGAGGCAGAAAUACCCCUCGAGAAGAUGAAGAGGUAUAUCAGUUACUGUAAAUCCCGUUGUGCUCCGAGGCUCUCUCCAGAAGCCUCAGAGAAACUCUCAUCCCACUUUGUCUCUAUCCGCAAGAGGGUGCAUCAAGCUGAGCUCGACGCUAAUGCAAGGUCUUCUAUACCAAUCACGGUACGACAGCUCGAGGCUGUAAUACGUAUCACCGAAUCCCUGGCAAAGUUGUCACUCUCUCCCGUUGCAACGGAAGAGCACGUUGACGAGGCAGUGAGACUGUUCCUGGCCUCGACCAUGGACGCCGCUGUACAUGGAGAUGGCCAGGCGAGUAAGGAACUGUCAACAGAGGUGAGUAAGAUCGAAGACGAACUUAAGCGACGACUACCUAUUGGGUGGACUACAAGUCUGGCCACACUACGGCGCGAAUUUGUGGAUGGUCGCAACUAUAAUGAGCAAGCAUUAAACCGUGCGCUAUUGGUCCUGCAGCGGAGAGAAAGCAUCCAGUUCAGAGCUGGGGGUGGUCAGAUCUAUAGGAGCGGGCCUUGA